AGCGGGCGGCUGUCUCCAAUUCCACCCCUGCCCGCACCACCACCACCAACCCAUUAGCGUACAAGCUCUUCACCAAGCCCAAAUAGGCGGCGGCGGCGGCGAUUCUUCUCGUGCUCUUCGCUUUCCUUCCCCAUCGCGCAACUUUGACCACCACCAGGGGACCAGGAACAGGAGGAUGGACAGGCGGUCGCGCCAUGCACCUAAGCAGCCCGGGAAGUGCGCUAUCUGGGGUCCAAUCCGACAGGUGGCCUGCUGGCUUGCUGCGUUACCGGCGUGUUGCAUUCGUCGUCCUCAAAGGAGUCUGCCAGAAACGUUGCUUACCUACGUACUUACGAACCACACGCAGGGCCCGGCUUUUGCACAUGCGUGCGUGUGGGUACCGCCCUGCUGCUGCUUCCUCAACCCUUCGCAUAGACUACGUACCGAUACCUUGUCUUGGGGAGGGGGGGCAUGCCUUCGUGGUGCUUCUUCCACUCCGAGCACCUUAUAUAAUUCCUCUCGGCCCGGUUGCAAAUCCUUAUGGCGUAGCUUAGAUCGCCUUACACAUCACUCUUCAGACACAGAUCCAGACCACGCGUUGCCCUCCCUUGCUUCUGUAUAUAUCGUCCCAACCCUCAUCUUGACUUCCAAUCUCUCGCAACUCGCGUCAACAUCAAAGCUGGCCUGCUCGUACACUAGCCACCUCUCUCAACCUACUAUCCCCAUUGUUGGCCCCUCCGGCACCCAAUUGCUACACAUGGAUCACUCGCUGCCGCUCAACAUGUACGACGACGUGGAUGCCUUCUUGGACAUGGACGCGCCCUAUAUCUAUGAUGAGCCUGAACAAUAUCUGGACACAGCCAGCUCAUCUGAGUCUACGAGUCCCAUCAUGUCAAGCUUUGAUACGACCUUUGUGAAUGACUUCAAUGGCGUGGACCAGAGCAUGUAUCCCAGCCCCAUGAGCUCAAAUCGCGACACAGCAUCACCGCAACCAACUUCGGACGAUAAGGCGACUACCGCCAAAGCACCCGCCAAGAGGAAGCGCGAGAACCGCUAUAAGAAUGCCCCGCCAUCAGUCCUUUCGCGACGUCGGGCACAAAACAGGGCCUCGCAACGCGCUUAUCGCGAGCGCAAAGACCAGCGUAUCAAGGACCUCGAGGUCAUGCUUUCCGAGCAGAAGCAGAAGAACGAUUCCCUCGGUCAAGCCUACUCGUCCCUUCAUGCCGAGUACCUCAAGCUCCGGGGCUUGCAGUCGAGGACGCAACAGGUUCCGCGGCAACAUACUGCACCACCAAUGUCCUACGACGCAACCGCCGCCGCCGCUGCUCACAUGGUCAUGCCCACGCAUACAGGGACAAUGGAUUUUGCCGACAACAUGUAUAUGUUUCAAGAUAUGCAGAGUUAUACCCUUUGAGCGGGGUAUAUAUCUGACUGUGGCUGGGAGAGUCAUGGACACGUACGGCAAGGAAACAUAGGCAAAAGCUGACUCUCUGUUGAUUUUUCUGGCGAGAUGAGUCUUGCUGCUUUGUCUUACCGGGGUCUUGGAAAGGAGAAACGGGAUUACGACGGUCACGCAAACAAACGAACGGAAAACGACCGAUUGGUUCUACGGACAUGGGGGCUCGACUGAUUUUGAUGCUCUGGUUCUUUGGGUUUGGUUCCUUCUGUUUCUGGGUCCCGGCGUGCUUGAUUCCUUUGGCUGGCUCUGUUACUAGAUGGCGAGGUAUCAGCUGGCAGGCAUUGGGCCCUUGUUGUUGUCAUGGCGUUUCUUUGGGUGUGGAGUUCUUUUGUUUUGUUUCUUUGAAUUGAAGUUUAUCCUCAAGAGAAGCUCGCUGCUGUCAACUGCGCGAAGGUGGGGGGUUGGCUGACCUUGACAAUCGUGCGCACAUACUCGAGGAUGUACAAGAUGGAAAAGGCUUAAGGGAGAUAGUCGAGAAAGAAAGCAUGAAUAACAAACACGUGAGAAUCCUAUCUUCACAAGCACUGCCAAUCCAAAGAACCUCGAGGGGCUUCUUGUCUGCCAGGGCCACCUUGGUGGAGGACGACCCCGCAACUCGAUGACAGGAUCUCGGUCUGAGUAACCGAAGAGAAGACCACCAGGGAAUCUGGGGCUUGGCCUCUG